AUGAUUCUGGUAUAUUGGACUAUAAUCCUUGUGACGUUAUCACAGCACAGAUGUGUUUCGGUGAAUUUAUACAAACCUGCAUUUAGGUCUACAACCGAGCAUUUCGCCUCUGAGACCGCUCGAGACUCAAUUCCAACAGAGGAAGCGAUGUCGUCGUCUAUCCGGUCCGCUCAGCGAAGCGUCCUUAUCAACAACGCACCUGAGCCCUGCGCUGGACAGGCUGAAAGGACAGCUCACAAUACAUUGUCAGACCCUGUUGAAGCAGGAAAACCCCAAUUACUUGCGCAUAAUAUGGGACAGGGCAUAUACCAUCAGUCUGAAAUGGCACGUACUAUUCAUCACUUCAAGCCGCAUCUCUUAAACCAACAAAGCACAUUACAAACACACUUGAAUGGACCACAAGACUCUCACCCAAUAUGUAGUCAUGGGGAAGAAUAUCAUGAAGCUUCUCCUGCAUCCAUCUAUUCAAGUCCCCCACUGAAUUGCCAUUCCAGAUCUUUUGGAGAAUUUAAUGACAUGGGCCAACAGCAUCUUGAACCAUAUCUGUAUUCUGACCAUCCAAUACAGCAUUGCUCAAUUCAAUAUGGAUACCAUAUGCCUCCUCCCUUAGUGGAUCCUCUCUCUGGUAUCACAUAUGUCCCUUAUUAUCCUGCUGUAUCAAUUUCAUCACCGUAUUCCAUGCACCUUUUGUCUGAUUUCCAGUCUCCAAUGAUUGCUCCGGCAUAUCCAUCAUAUAACACGCCCACACCUUCCUACUAUUGGGACCAGAAUAAUAGGCCUUGUGAAAGUUGCCAGGUAGAACUUAGCAACUCAUAUCCAGAAGAUAGCACAAGGAUGCAUUGUCAAAAUCCCAAUAGUGGCUUUGCCUUUUCUCCUAGCGAGGUGAACACUUCAUCUUCCCCACAUACCCAGCCAGAAUAUUCUCACUCUCCUGGGUUUCAAGUCACCCAACUGGAUACACAAUUUCAGCAAAUUGGCAUAGGGUCUCAGGCCAAAUUUUCACCCUUGAAUAGCAAAACUAUCAAAGAGAAGAAUCCCACAAGAACAAUUCAGACUAAAGAGAAAGCAGUAAUAGAAAAUGGAUUUAGUCCUCCUCAUGUAGAUAAAAAUGUAUCAGAGAUUGGGAAGACCUCUGUAUUUGACUUAAAAAAACUUUCUGGAAGAACUCGAAACAAUGUUGAGGAGAAUGACUUCUCUCAAUUCAAACAAAGAAGGAUCCAAAGAACUAACUACUCCACAGGGCCAAACUCCAGCCGGCAUGUAAAUAACCUGAUAGCUUCUUCCAUGAAUGCUGGUGGUGUAGCAAAGUGUAUUGAUGAUAGUCAGGGAAUUGUACCAAACACAAGUAUUGGUCAAACUGACAAAGGUUUGAUUGGAGAAAAUUGGGUGAGCCAACAACCACAAGAAGAUUUACCACACACUUCUGGGUGUCUAUCAAAUGAACAUCACACAACCCAUCCAAACCAUAAGAUUAUGCAACUCUGGCCAGCUGGACCAGAAGACAAUGAAGAGAUAACUAGAUUGAUGCAAAGUGGCAAGGAUUCAGUAUCCAUGGACAAACACAAAUUACGCAUCAGUCAAGAAACUCUUGACAUGGAUCUCUGGAUCAGUAAACUGAAAGAUGCAGCAGGUUACCUGACUUUUCAUACAAGAAAGGAUUUAUAUAACCUUGAAUCCCUUAAGAAAGACCUGGUGUCUGACACCACUUUUAUUCAGACUGCAAAGCAACCUUCAGACAGCCCACCAACAGGUGCGACCAAGAAAUCUAUUACACUGCCACAAUUAGUCACUCAAAAGGCAUACAGAAGGAAAGGAAAAGCUCAACCAAGCACCCUUCAAAAGACUAAAAAUGUAUACCAAUAUGUCAAAAAAGAGAUUGUAAAACAUCCAACAACAGAUGCAACAAAGCCUACAGAUACAUUUUCUACAUUGAAAGAGAUCAAUUCAAGUUUGAAAGAGAGCCCUGAGGUCCCAGGUGCAGGUUUUGAAAGGAUCACAGAUAACCAGAGUGCCAAUCUACCUUGUGACAAAGGUCCUAUAGAUAUGAUUGCACAAAAGGAAGUAAAAAGGUUAGCUGAAUCAGCAGGAACACCACUUCUUAAGAAGAUAUUACAAGAAGGGAACACAAGUGAAAAUAUUGGGAAGUAUGAUGAUUUUCAAAAAGUUGGGAAGAAGCUGUCUUUGAAAAGCCCAGAACAAACUCCUGAGGGAUGGAAAAUCAAGGUGAAAUUAAACACAAAAGCAAAUGAUAUACAAAAGGAUCAUGAUCACAAGAAUUUAUCACCAGAAAAACUAAACUUCAACCAACAGUUCCUAGUAGUGUCAAGUCAUCCAAAAGAAAAAAAAGAAAGGUUGAGUGGUUCUAAAAGAGCCCCAUACAUCAAAGCAGAUUUAAAGGCUUCAAGCAGUACCAUAUCAGAUGAAGAUACAGGAAUUGCACCUCCUGAAGUUUUGGCUAGAUCAAACUAUGGGCUGUUGAACAAGUCCUCCAUCUUUCCAGACCUCAAACUAGUAAGCUAUAUUGAAAACAUCCCAUCAAAAAAACAAAGAUUAUCUGCACUUUGGAUUUGGAUGAAAAUCAAUCCAGAACUUGUCUUGAGAAGGAUUUCAACAUGGGCUUCAAAGGAUAAACUGAGUUCAAAGGCCACAGUCAUCAACACACCUGGUAUCAAUACCCAGACCCAGACUUCCAUGAAUAGUGUUGACUCAAAUCCUGGAAUGUUGAAAAAAGUAUCAGCUAAAGUAUCAGACCUAAAACACUCAAUUUACUUUCCACAGAUACCACCAAUCCAGGAACGGGUAUAUUCACUUUGGGGUUGUAUGAAAAAAACACCAGAUCCCAUAUUGAGAAGAGCAAAAAAAAUUUGGGAUCAAAGAAGCAGUGGAGAAAAUGUAAAAGAGGUUUAUGAUGAUGAAGUUCUGCAGGGUAAAGUCUUUGAAGUCACCAAAGGAUCUAAAGAAACUCCAGUGGGUGGAGUAGCAAUAAAACCUCCGGAAGAUUUGGGUGGUAGCUCUGGAAGUGAAAGAAUGGAAGAUGUUGUCCAGGACAAGUACCAUGAUUUAUCUUCAAAUUCAAAUUCAAAGUCUGAUUUGAAGAAAAUAGCUUGGUCAUCAACACAUCAAAAUAGUGCUGCAUCACAAUCCAAUUUCAUUGCUGGAGAAAGACUCAAGAAGCAAAUCAGUGAAAGCAACAAGGAGGCUGCACAAUAUUACUCAAGCAUUCUAAGAUUGAGGAACAAAAAGAAGUUUUUACUAAUUGAGGUGACUGAGGAGGAAUAUCAACACAUCAAGCCUUCACCAAUGAAUGAAGAAAUCUUGGAUUUCAUGAAAGAUAACUCAAGUUUGAGUGAUGCUGAAUUUGGAAGGAGAUCAGCUGCCAUGUAUUGCCAGAUCAAUCAAUUGAAGAUUUUAGAGAUGACGAAUGACCAGGGAGGAUUGAUACCACAGAGAAUAAAGAUACACUUAUUAUCAUUUCAAGCUGAUAUACCUUGGGCAAAUUUCACAAAUCUAAGCAAGAUGGAAUUGGAAAAUAUGAGUGUAAAGAUUGAGGUUAUGUAUGAAGAGCCAAGUGAUGUCAAGGCCAUUGAGGCUAUCAUGAAUUCAGAAUUUGAAAUACGGAAGGGAAUUAUAUCCUACCUGUUGAAGCGCAAGGAUUUGUCUAAGUGGUGGAAUGAAGAAAGAUUGCAAGAAGGAAGAAAACAGGGUAUAGACUUGGUUAGAUUAUUGACUAUUGGAGAUAUAUUAGAGUUUGGAGAGCUCAAUAUUGGUCGGACCUCACUUGAAAACACAAAGGAAGUCCCAAGGAAGAUGGAAAUUUUGUAUGAGAAAUUUGUACUUCAAAACAAUGUGUUGCCUUGGCAUGAUUCUCAUGAAAGAGCUUGGCUAGAAAGUCAACCUGAACUUUGGAAAUUAUAUCAAGAGAGAUUCCAAGUUGUCAUAUUGGCCUUUGAAACCCUGGACUCAAGCCAUAUCUAUACCCUAUCUUCAUAUGAUGUUGGAAACAACAUGCACACUUGGUGGCAUUUUGGAGACUAUUUGAUGUGGAUUGAUGAAGGUAUUGAUCAUCAACUGAUUAUGGAGAUAGGAGACUCAUUGAAGCUAGGAAAAGACAGGGCCAAUAAUGCCAAGAUACUUGCAAGUGUAAACUGGAAAAAGAAACUAGAGAGGUAUGAUCACAAAACAAAACUAAAAAUAAAAACUUACUUUGAAAAGAGAAGGAUCUUAUAUUGUUCAGAGCUACAGUUCAAAGCGCCUUUAUCUACCACUGAGUGGCUCAAGAGAACACUUCAUUUUUUAAUCUCAUGGCUCUGA